AUGACAUCUCUAAAUGAAAAAUUAUCACUUUUUGAUGAGAACAAGUUUAAUGAAGAUAAUGGAGAAUUUGCUGAGUUAAUGAAAACACAACUUGUAUCUCAAAUGACCACAGCAAUUUAAGAAGGAAGAGAUCUUUUCUCAAAAUUAUAAACUCACUACAAAGAGUAUUAUUAGAAUGGAUUUACUAUGUCAAUACCCUUUUAAAAGGAGUUUAAAAGAAUAGCUCAUUCAUGCAAAGGUUAAGCUAAAUUGUGUUAUGUUUACAAGAUGUAUGAAAUCUUGGCUGCACUAUAGGACGCUAUUGGUUCAAGUAAUAGAAAUGAAAUAGAUAAAUAGAUGUAUGAAUCAUUUGCGUUUAAGAAGAAAUACUUUGAGUGUCUAUAUGCUGUGAAAGGUGAAAAUGUUGAAGAGCCUGAUUUUGAUUUAAGAUAGUUUGAUGAAUUUACUCAUCUCAACUUAGCUUCUAAUUAUCAAAGUGCUCCAAUAAAUUCAAAAAGCUUUACUUUCAGUUAAAUUGGAAAUUAAAGUAUAGCCCAAAAUAUGCCAAGUUAGGAAAAUUAAAGAAAUAAAGUACUAGUAUCUGAAACUAGAAAUGAAGUUGUAGAAAAUAUUAAACCAAAAAAAGAAAUAUAAGCAGCGGCACCAUAAUAAAAUGGAGACGAGCAGCCAGGUUAGCUAUUAAAUGUAGGUGAAAUAAAAAUAAUUGAAUCAAUGGAUAAUUUGUAUUCAAUAUGUAAAUAAAAUAGAGAGAAAGGAGAUUAAUUAUUUAUAUUUCGUAAACCUCAAAUAUCACAUGAAGAUCUACCUAUAGACUCAUCUUUAAUGUGCUCUAUUUUUUGA